ACGUUGUUUGCGGCUGUAUAAAUGUCCGAGGAGCCCCUGAACGCAGCACCUUCUGACAAGCGGAGCUGGCGGUCGAUGCCCGCGCGCUGACAAGUGACGACUAACAUCAUGGAGAGCCACAAAGAGGCGCCUGUGCCCGCAGCACGCAUCUUCUCCCAGGUGUUGUUCACCGACCCACCUCACUCCUACCCGCCUUUCACCCCGGUCACCUGCAGCUACACCGCCGCUUUCCAGCCGAGCCCCCGGGACUGGGUGGGCAUGUUUAAGGUGGGGUGGAGCACAACAAAGGACUACUACACCUUCGUGUGGGUGGAGCCCUGUCUGGAUGUGCUCCGCCAGGAGUCCGCCACCAGGCAGGCUGUUUUUAAACAGUACUACCUGCCCAAGGAUGAUCUUGACUUCUACCAGUUCUGCUACGUUGACGGUGCCGGGCAGGUGCGCGGAGCCAGCACUUCUUUCUGUUUUAAAAACCCGGAGCAGCAAAGCCCGGAGAGCAUCGCGGAGGACGAGCUCAUGGUUAUUAUGACACAGGAGCAGGUCGAAGGGAGUCUACGUGAGAAAGCUGAACUGCAGAGGGAGCUGGAUAAGAUAAGGGCAGAAAAUGAAAUCUUAAAACAUGAUAGAAAGGCGGAGCAGGAACAAGCCGCCAGCUCAAAGGAGCACGUGAUGAGUCAGCUGGUCGAAGACAUGGAUCAAAUCAAGGAGCAGAAUGAAACCUUGAGAAGCGCCUUGCGGCAGAUGGUGGAGGAAACGGAAGGCUUGAAGCAGGUGGAGAUGACGAAGCAGAUGGAGAAACGGCAACGCGACGGGGAGGAGGAGAGAAAACAAAGCUCGGGGUUAGACGCCGCGUCCAGACAAAACGAGGCUCGCGCUCAGGAGAAGUUGGACCGAGCUGAGAUGAAGAUCAACCUGCUGCAGGAGGAACGCGAGGAGCUGAGGGGGCGGGUCCACGCUCACAGUGCGGAGGUCGCCACGUUAAAUUCCAAACUCAGACACCAGGAAAGGGAACUGUUCAAAAUGAAAGACGGCGUCCAGCUGCUUCAGGUUGACCUUCAGAGCCUCGAGAGAGAAAAGAAGAGGCUCCAGCUGGCGCUGCAGAGGUCGCAGAGCCUCGUGCACGAGAACCCAGAGCUGCAGAGGACGCAGCAGAACUGUCCGGAGGACGACCUGAGGGCGGAGUGUCAGACUCUCACCCACCAGCUGCAGGACGCUCAGAGGAAACUGGCGAAUGAGAGGGAGGAGGCCAGAAACGGCAAUAGACGCGUUGAGUAUCUGGAUAACGAGCUGCAGCAUCUCGGGGAGCAGCUGGAGAAGGUGUCCAUCACAUGUGGGCACGCAGAGCGUAUGAGUGGCAAACAGGAGAUGCAGCUCGCGGAGAUGAACCAGACAAUAGCAGAGGCGCGGGAAGUGCUGGCGGAUAAAGACGGCACGAUAGAGGAGAAGGAACAAAUCGUCAGGAUGGUGACGCGCGAGAAAGAAGCGCUGGCCAGAGAGAACCGGACGCUCGCGAGCGACAUGGAGAGGCUGCGCAGAGCACUCGACGACUUUCAAGAGUCUCUCCCGCCCGAGUUGCCUCGCCUGCAGCCGGACGCCAACACGCCAGCCAACGCCAGCUGGCAGCAGCAGCAGCAACAGCAGCAACAACAGCAACAACAACAACAGCAGCAGGACGAGGCCCCUGAAGAAAUCAACACGUACAGUGAUAUCCCUGGAGACGGAGAGGAAGAGUUGCUGGUGUGUCGUCACUGCAACGAGAGCUUCCCCUGCAUCACCCGAGACGAGCUGGAGCAGCACGAGCAGAGUCACCGCGUGUGCCCGUACUGCACGAUGAUCUGCGACAAGAUGGAGCAGCUCGUGUACGAGGAUCACGUCUACGGCCACGAGCUGUGAGCCCAAAAUACAAAAAGAAACAGACGAGUCGGGCGGGUCCGAUGUAAAAGAGCCUCUCCGAUUAUUAUUAUUACUCUUUUACUGCAACUUACUUUAUACUCUUGAGCUUUUUUCAAAUCAAAUGUUUUUUUGGGUGGUUUUGUGUUUCUCAGCCAAUAAGUGUCCUCAUUUAUUUUGAUCAAAUAAUAUCUUCAUUAAAAGUAAAAAUAUUUUAAUUUAACAAAUGGAAUCAAAGCACUUAAACGUAAAGACAAUUCAAAAAGUCUGAAUUUAAUUAUUUACACUGAAUUUAAAGAUUGCACCAAUCAGUCUCAUAUAAAUGAUUGUUGCCAGUCGAAUUAGCCCAAAAUACGUCCGUAAAUCAAUUUGGAACAACUCAGUUGUUUGAACUUAACCCCUCGAUCACCACAACGACUUAAUAGGAAAGACGUGAGAGUAAAACAUGUGAGCUCUUUAGCUCGAGAGACUAAAUAUGAAAGAGUCGAGGAAUUAUCUGUUUGAAGAAGAAAAAGUUAUAUUAGAAUUUUAGAUAAUACAUGGCACAUUAAACAUUUUAACCACAAUUCUUAUUUUACAGCAUAACUGCACUCUUCAAGGGAAACUGAUCUACUGUGACUGAGUUGAUUUCAGUGAAUGUAUGGAAACGGUUCUGCUGAAGGAAUAAAAAAUUAAAAAAACAA